UCAGUUUGCAAACUGUUUAGACCUGGUUUAUGCGUUUGUGAAAUUAAAAAAUUCAGUAUUGAUAAUUUAUAGACAAAAAUAAAGAUCUUGUAAUUUUUUACAAUGUCUUUAUAUAAAAUAAGGAGGAGUAGUUUGCGAGAAUCGCUUGCAUAUAAAUUACCACCGAGAAAGUUGCUUAUUAAGCCUCUUAGAUUGAAAGGUCGUUACUUAUUUCGAGCAGCGGUGCGGCUCGUUUUGGAGUAUAUGGAAUGGAUAACAGAGGAACCAAUAACCGAGGAAAUUAGCGACGAUGUGACGAUUAAUAUAAAAAUGGCUUAUCAGAAACACAAAAUAGAAAAGAAACUGCUCACGUUAGAGGAUCGAUCAAAACUGUUGGUGAAACCAUAUGAAAGAUCCCCCUCGGAUAAAGCGUACAUAUACGAUCUUAUCCGAAAGUUACACGCAUUCACGAAACAUUCGGAAGAUCUGAGAAAAAAUCUGGCAGCGGUGUGUAUUUAUCAAUAUUUACCUGUUGAUCGAGUAAUUGUUCGUCAGGGUCAUAGAGCGGAUAAUCUUUAUUUCAUUGCGAAUGGCGAAGUUGGUCUAUCGAAAAUUGCAAUCGACGAAUUAACAGGUGAUGAAAAAAUCAUAGACAUGGGAAUUAUGCAAUCAGGCGAUAUGUUUGGCGAAGUUGCAUUGUUGCAUAGAAUACGGAGAACAUCAACAGUGGUUACCAAAACGUCCGUCGAUUUGCUUCUAAUUAACCAGGAUGAUUUCGACAGGAUUUUGCGCAAUAGCUUGACAAAACAAUGGGACGUUCUGCGCGACGCGUUAGUUCAUUUCAAUUAUUUCAAGUUGUGGGAUGAAGAAACAGUUCGAGAAUGUUGUAUCCUGAGCAAGUUGAAAGACUUUAAACCAAACGAGAGGCAGUACACCGAAGUUGACCGAUCAAGCAUUGUUACUACCACACUUCUGGAUGUCGUGAAAGGAUGGCAUGAGAUUACUGAUGUAGCGGCGAUAUUGUUGCGGGAACCAUCGGUUACGUCUCAAUUGCGUUAUCCGAGCGACGUUCACACUAUAUUCAUGCAAAUAUGCAUUUUCUCUCGGGGUGCAUGCUUCGGUUUAGGAGAAAAAAUGCUUCAUCGAAGGAUAGUAGCAAUGACGCCGGUGCGAUGUUUUCUUAUCCCACGAUACUGGCUGCUCGAACACAAUCGUGCUAAUAUCUGGGGCCGUGUAAAACUGUUCAUCGACUCGAAAUAUCCAACUAAGAAACAGCUGUUUGAUGCAUUCCUUCUAAAUAGAAAAUGGAUGACAUACAAGCAAAAUUUAGUUAAAGAUGUUAUUGUACGACGUGGUCGUUUUCGUAAUAAUACAACGAUACACGACGUGCCAUAUUCGAUCAGGAUUACAGAUGAGAUAGAUCCAAAAAUUACUACUUGACUCUAUCAAAUCUCUCUCUCUCAAUGUUAUUUUAAAUCACACAAGUAUAUUAUAUAUUGAUGAUAAAUGUAUUUAUUAAGCAAUUUAUAAAAACUAUACAUUGUCUAUCGAAUAUGUUAUUAGCAAUUUCUUUCACGCUUGUAUCAGCACUCGUUCGUAAAAAUUUAAAUGGUGGAUUAAUAGAACUGACUCGUGAUGUGUUUUCUUAUUAAAUAUAUAUAAUCGAAGUAACUAUGAAAUAAAAUAAUAACUAAA